GUCAAGAUGGCGGUGCCUUUGAGGAUUCAGAGCGACUGGGCUCAAGCCCUCAGGAAGGAUGAAGGAGAGGCCUGGCUGAGCUGUCAUCCUCCAGGGAAGCCAUCUUUGUACGGAAGCCUGACUUGCCAAGGAGUUGGCCUGGAUGGCAUCCCAGAGGUUACAGCUUCAGAAGGGUUUAUUGUGAAUGAAAUCAAUAAGAAAAGCAUUCAUAUUUCAUGUCCAAAGGAAAAUGCAUCUUCUAAGUUUUUGGCGCCAUAUACUUCUUUUUCCAGAAUUCAUACAAAGAGUAUAACAUGCCUGGACAUUUCCAGUGGAGGAGGCCUCGGUGUGUCUUCUAGUACGGAUGGAAACAUGAAGAUCUGGCAGGCUUCCAAUGGAGAAUCCAGAAGAGUGUUGGAAGGACAUGUGUUUGAUGUGAAUUGUUGCAGGUUUUUCCCAUCAGGCCUUGUGGUUCUGAGUGGGGGAAUGGAUGCCCAGCUCAAGAUCUGGUCUGCAGAAGAUGCUAACUGUGUGGUGACCUUCAAAGGUCACAAAGGAGGUAUCUUGGAUACAGCUAUUGUUGAGCGGGGGAGGAAUGUGGUAUCUGCUUCUAGAGAUGGAACAGCGCGACUUUGGGAUUGUGGGCGCUCUGCCUGCUUGGGAGUCCUUGCAGACUGCGGUUCUUCCAUCAACGGAGUGGCAGUGGGUGCUGCAGACAACUCCAUAAACCUCGGCUCCCCAGAGCAGGUGCCCAGUGAACGAGAGGUAGGAACAGAGGCGAAGAUGCUGCUGUUGGCCCAGGAAGAUAAGACGCUUCAGUGCUUGGGACUACAGAGCAGGCAGCAGAUUUUCCUCUUCAAUGGCUCAGACGCCUUCAACUGCUGUACUUUCCUCUCUGGUUUCUCCCUGUUGGCUGGGACACAAGAUGGAAACAUUUAUCAGCUGGACGCAAGGAACCCAAGGACUCCCGUGCAGGUCAUCCACAGGUCAGGUGCACCAGUUCUGUCCUUGCUGAGUUUCAGAGAUGGAUUCAUAGCUAGCCAAGGUGAUGGAAGCUGUUUCAUUGUUCAGCAAGAUUUAGACUACGUCAUCGAACUCACUGGGGCGGACUGUGACCCUGUGUAUAAGGUGGCCACAUGGGAGAAGCAAGUCUACACAUGCUGCCGAGAUGGGCUGGUGCGGCGCUAUCAGCUUUCUCACGUCUGACCCAGAUAGUGAAAGAGACAUCCCAGAUAGUGAAAAGGACCUAGCCUGAUCCACAAUGAGCAGAAACCUCAUUGGUCCUUCCCAGUGUCCGUGGCUCCUUGGUGUCUUCAGUACUCCUUGGAAGUCAUAAAACAUCAGCUGUGCUGGCUCCUGUGGGACUGUCACCCCAAGUCCUGCUUUGAUGUAAGAUGCUCCCGUGUGCUCACUGCAUUGCCCCAGCUUCUCCUGUAAACUCACCCAGCUACACAGGACAACCAUGUGGAGGCGCACAGUGUAUUCUCCUACCAGUUGUAUUAAAUGUUUACAGUGAGUAGACAACUAAAUUUUUUUCUCUGGAGAAAAUAAAGAAAUUAUGUUUGGAGGA